GGUGGUCAGAGGAGAGGAAAUGACCUUUGGCUCUAAAAAGGAGACUCAAUUUUUCAUGAUAAAAUGGCAGUGGUGAAAACCCCCAGCAGAGAACUAAAGAAUGCCAAAGAACCAUUUCCCACCGUAUCUCCCGUCCUUUUGAAGAGCCUUGUGGAGGAGCCUAAGAAAAGAACCGAGGUACCUAAUCACCUCCUGGAAUCAAAGGUUUAUGCAAAACUUCUGAAUAAUCAGGUCAUACAGGCAAAACCUGGCAUAGUGCAUUUUGGAGGCUAUCAAGUAGGAGAACAACAUCAACAGAUUCUGCAUCUGGUCAAUAUUUCCAAUGAAGACAUACAUGUGCAUAUUUUACCCCCUCAAACCAAAUACUUUCAGAUCAAGUAUGUGAAAAAGGAGCCCUGCCUCGUCCCCGGCUUGUCCCUCACGAUCACCAUUACAUUUUCUCCGGAUGAGUGGCGAUACUAUUAUGACUGCAUUCGGGUUCACUGCAAGGGAGAUGACACCUUGCUUAUUCCUAUCCAUGCCUAUCCCGUCAUGAACACACUGGACUUUCCCUCAUUUAUAAAUCUAUCAAAUGUUCUGCUUGGUAAAAGCAAAAAAUACGUUAUCCCUUUACAGUGCAGCUGUCCUAUAGACUUCGAGUUUCAUGUCACUUUGAUUCAGUCUCAUGAAGCCUUUACUGUUGACCCGCUAUCAGGACUGAUCCCGGCUAACGGGAAGAUGAACGUGACCGUCAAGUUCACACCAUUUCAGUACGGGACUGCACAGAUAAAAAUGCAGCUGUGGAUCUCACAGUUCAACUCCCAGCCGUAUGAAUGCGUCUUCACCGGAACAUGCUAUCCCAACAUGGCUUUACCAUUAGAAGAAUUUGAAAAAUUAAACGCUCUUUCCAAGAAAGGAAAUGUUCCUCCAGAAAAGGCAAUGACACUCAUAAAUUUUCACCACGUGUCAACAAAAAUCAAGCCCCCAAAGCUUAAGGAAAUUGAAUAUCAGAACUUGAGAUUUCCAGUGGAUUUAUCAAAUCCAUUUGCUGUGGCAACCGUUUUAAACCAAGAACCAGGGAAAUUGAAGAUUAAAGAAUUAAGAGAAGUUUUGGACCAAGGCAAUGAGAUUUCAAAAACAAGACAGAUGAAGGAAGCACUGUUUGAACAGAAAGUCAGACAGGACACUUAUGAAGAGAUGGAAAAUCACCUUAAGUGGCAGGUGCGCCUUGGCAAAGAUCAUUUGUCUUUGAAAUUUAGAAAAGACCUUACUGAAGAGUGGCAAAGAGAAAACACCAAGUACAAGUGUGGGGAGCAGAAUACCUUCCUUCCGUUUAAGUCUUCAACAAUGAUGGCAAGCAGGCGCCUGGGUGGCUCAAAAAUCAAGGAGUUCCAUCCUAGUUUUGAUCCGCUCAUUAAUAAUACGUGGAUGAACAGGUUCAGGGCACAGAGACGGUUUCAACAGGCAGCACGCAAGAUCAUGGUUCAUCGAAGGUUACUCAUUAUGCUGAAUGCUAUUCAUAACAUGGACAAAGAGACCAUAAUCAGAAAGCUCAGUCAAGGAAGACCGUCAAUAGCAGCAGACAAGAAUGCCUCCCGACACCUGCCUCAGACCAGUCAAGACGGUCACUCCAGCUUGUUCUUCGUCUCGCCCAAGAAGGUGCUGCCCUUCGCCUUCCCGUCCUACAGCCCUCCUCAGAGCUCCAACGAGCUGGCUCCUGAUGGCCUUGGACCAGUCCCAAUUGUAUCUCCAGAAAUUCAAGUCAAGCAGAGUUAUUCUUUCUUCAGCCUGCAGGUUCCUCAACUGUACAAAAUUAAAGGGUAUCAGCCAUUCUGUGUCCAGAAGUCGUCCACAAGCUACAAACCUCAAAAGCUUGCUCGAGCCCUGAAGCAAGGGGCUGAGGAUGAAGCCACCACCAUCAUAACUCUGCCCAAGCAGGACGCCACACCUCAGCUCCCGGACAAGACCUCAGUCUUGGGCAUGAAACCACCUGAGGCCUUAGCCAGGUCUCCAGACUAUGACCCACUUUAUAUUUUUAAUCCCAGCCCAGGAUUGUUUCCUGUGAUGCACCCUCUGACCUACUCGGAAACCUUGAUAGACUACCAUCUGUGCCCGCACCCCAAGUACAAGUUCAACAAGGAGUCCCACAGCAGGUCCAGCAUUCCUCUCACCCAAAAGCAGUUUCUCCACCACACGGACAUUAUUCCUGGAAUAAUGCAGUGGCAGAAGUUCCAGCCUCUGGCCAUCCCGUUCCUGCCUGACACCUCAAAGACAGAGACUACGCAGCGCUGGGACCCCUUCAACUCCGUGAUGCUUCCUAUAAAUGCCCCCACCACUCUUGAGGCCCUACGAGAAGAAGACAGACUGGAAACAGCAGAACGUGAGCUCUGUGAACAGAAUAUAGACGUCAUGCUGACUCCAGAAAUGAUCGAGGCCGAAUUCCCGCUCGUGGACCACAAGGACACCAAAAAGGAGAAGGAAGCCAAAGGACCAGACCCGCCAGCGGAGAAGACAGGAGAGAAGGUGCUGGAGGAGAUGAAGACUCUGCAGAAGAAAGCUCUCAACUCGUACCUGAUUCUAGAGUAAAAUCGCCAGGCCAUCCGUCCCUCCUGUCCACUUUCUGUUGCUCCCCGCGGUCCCUUGUGUCCAUUUACAUCCUAGCUAUCAUUGGAAUUCAGCUUUCCAGAGGAUAAAAUUGAAAUGUAGGCAAUGUAUGUAUUUUUCAGUAAUAAUCUUUCUUUUUAAAAAUAAAAUGUCACUAGGGGGA